AGAUUGUCUAACCAAACCAAGGCCUGUUCCACCAGCGCGACCAAGACCAAGUCCCCUGUGGCUUGAUUACCGCAGUGCUUGACGUGGGCCGGUGUGCGUGGGACGGAUGAUGUUCUUGACUUCCUUCUUUUCUUUUUCUUUUCCUCUUUUCGUGAUCCCAAUCUCGAAUCGAGUCCUAUCUUUUCUUCUUCUUUUCUCCGAUGACUCUUGUUCGCUUGGAUAUGUUAUCGCUUCUCCCGCGGUAGGCGGUCUCGUUAUUCUUCGAAACCUCUUAAUCUCGAGCACGGCUCGCUUCGCUUCGUUUCGCUUCUUGUUUGUCUCUUGUUGUGCUUCUUGUUAUGCGAGGAUACGGUAUGGACUCCUCUCCAACGCGCCUCGAACGAGCGAGCGAGAAGGCAGCGUCACUCAGCUUGACAGGGACAGUCGUGACAACGCAGCGGCGGCAGCAGCAGUCAGCGAUAGCAGGGGCAGCAACAAUGAUAGUGACAGCACACAGCAAUGACAGCAGUGGCCAACAGCAAGAGUCGAAGCAGCAAUAUAGGGAUAGUCGCGGUUGUGCCUGGGGAUUAGACGAUCCUGGGCGCUGGGCAGCGCUAAUCAAGGCCUUCUUCUAGCGGCUCCAGGUAGCGUCGGCCGGGUAGACUAAAAC